AUGGAAGUAAAUCUCAUUUCUCAUACGAAAGACGCAGAAAUUCUAAUUCACAGCAGCGCACAUCGUGUUUUUGUUAAAGGUGCAACAUUAUUGUAUUUAUUUGUUCUNCUGGGCUCUACCGAGUGUGUGCUGCUGAGUGUGAUGGCCUAUGACCGCUUCAAUGCCAUCUGCCGCCCCCUCCACUAUGGCGUUAUCAUGCACCCAAAGCUUCUCCAGCGUCUAGCGGCCCUGGCCUGGAUCAGCGGUUUUGUGGAGUCCACCGUGCAGACCAGCCUUGUUUUCCACUUGCAUCUCUGCAGCCAUCACAGGGUGGACGAUUUCACGUGUGAAGUGCCUGCCCUGAUUCAAAUCGCCUGUGAAGACACAACCUUCCUGGAAAAUGAACUCUCUGUAGCGACUGUCUUGUAUUUGGUGACGCCUCUGGGACUCAUUUUGGUCUCCUACUGCUUCAUUGUUAGGAGUGUGCUGAAGAUAAAGGUCAGAGAAGGCAGGAGGAAGGCAUUUGGGACAUGUGGUUCCCACUUGAUUGUUGUGGUCUUGUUCUUUGGGACCGCAAUUUGUGUCUAUAUUCAGCCGAAGAGCAAGUACACACACAACAGUGAAAAAUUUCUCACUCUUUUCUAUACUAUAGUGACACCUUCCCUUAAUCCUUUGAUCUACACAUUGAGAAACAAAGAAGCUAAAUGGGCAAUUAAAAGGUUACUGGCUGGAGAAUGA